UUUCACCUCAUAUAUUAGUUACCAAGUCAUGUAUAUAUUCUCUAAAGAUAAAUAUAUGAGUGGAGGAAUAAGGCAAUUAUAAAAGCCCUGGUACACUACCUAACCCUAUUUUUCCUUUUCUAGUGCUUCGUUUUGAGCUCCAUACCCUUCUCCAAACACAAUAAGCAGCUUCCUUGUUUUUUCAUCCCAUACAUCCAUGGUCUCUUCUCUCUUGAUGUCUUAAUCUCGCCAAAGACAAAAAAAUCCAGCCAAUAAUAUAAAAAAGCAGGCACCAUAUCAUCAUCAAGACAUACACAUAUAUAUAUUUAUAUAUAAUCUGAAGAUAGAAAAGGUGGAUCGAAGACAUGGGAAGCGGCCACUUCCUUCAGAAGCAUCGGAGGAGAAAGAGAAAGAGUCAUCAUAUGUGUAUGGAUAUGAUGCUGCAGCUAAUUACUACGAACCCUCUUGUUGGCCAUCCCAAGCUGACUACUUAUUAUCAUCAUCGGCCAUGGCUGUUUCUGAUUACACCACUCACCAACAUGUUAAUCAACCUUCGAUGCAAGUGCAAUCCUCUAAUACUGAUCUUACUACAACAACCACUACUUUCUCUGAAUCGGAUGUGGUCAAACAAGAAUUACCUGACCAAUCGUCUCAACCCCCACAAGAAAAUGUAGUGAGGAGAAGACACUACCGAGGAGUGAGACAAAGGCCAUGGGGAAAAUGGGCAGCGGAAAUACGCGAUCCAAAGAAGGCAGCCAGAGUCUGGCUCGGCACUUUCGACACUGCCGAGGACGCUGCCCUUGCUUACGACAAAGCAGCUCUCAAAUUUAAAGGCACCAAAGCCAAGCUUAACUUCCCUGAACGAGUUGUUCAAACCAGUAAUAAUAUUAUCAACAAGCAGCCGGAACAUCAUCAUCACCAACAUAAUCAAGCGGCCUAUCUCACCGGUGGCGGCAGUGUCAAUGUCAGUGGCAGUGGCGACGCUUACGUGGUCCGGCCACCACAACAUGAUGUUUAUCCGGCUAGUGCGGUAAUGCCAACGUCGGAAGCUGCUUUCGGCCGAGACUUCUACCACUACGCACAACUUCUUUCCAGCAAUGAUGUUGAUUUCGAUUACCACUCUUCCAACCUUUUCAAUCAACCGUUUCCGCCACCCUACUUCUCAUCUUCUUCUUCGCCAUCAUUUUUGUCGACGUCUACCUCCUCCUUCGAUCACCAACCAAAAGGACCAGAAGAUCACCGUCCCAAAGACUUUGACAGCUAGCUCGAUCAACACCUAUGUCGUCCAUCUUCCAUGCACCGAUCUUAUAUAUUAUCUUAUAUCAGUAUCGUUACGCUUACGUAGUUUGAGGUUGAUGAUAUAAUUCAUCUCUAUAUCAUCAACAUCAUCGUCGUCAUCUUUUUUUGAGCAAUUGUUUACAUCAAUUGAGCAUAUUUAAGUAAUGACAAUAUUUUGUUAUUUAUAUCAACCAUAUAUAUAAAUUUAUUAUUAUUGCAUAUUAUA